CUUGUCAACUUCGGGUAAAUAAUCAUGGCUGCUUCCAUUAACUUUUCCACUAUACCAGAAGAAGUCAAAAAGCAAAUCAAAUUACUUCGAUUCAGGCAAGAAAAAACCAUCGCUGCUAUUAUAUUGAAGAUAAACAAGGAUGCUGAUCAAGUAGAAAUAGAGACAGAAUUGGAGGACUGCACUAUUGAGGAUAUACAAGAAAGUCUUCCUGAUCACCUCCCACGCUACAUCAUCAUCAGUUAUAGAUACCAUCAUAGUGACAACCGCAUCUCAUUUCCAUUCUUCUUUGUUUACUUUGCUCCUAGAGGAGGUAACACAGCACUACAGGUGAGGUAUGCAGGUACUACGACCAAACUACAACAAGAACUAGGAAUGACUAAGUUCCUAAAGAUUGAAGAAACUGAGGGAUUGACAUCAGAGGUGUUAGAUGCCAAAGUGGAGUUUUACCGGUAGUGCAGGGGUUACCUCCCCUAGAAGAUUCACAUCAAAUAUUUCUGUCACACCUUUGUGUGUGUAUAUGGUAAAAAGAAGCCAGCCUGCCUUUAUAUGGUCUAAAUGAUUGAACUGGUACAAUGGUAUUGCCACGGAUUAAAGUUGACAAAAAAUUUAUACUUGUGGAACUAUGAUUGACUUUUAUUUAUAUAAUUGCUUUAGAUUAAAUAUAAUCCCACCAAAGACACUUAACCAAAAUAUUUAUUCUUAAAUUCCAGGCCAUUGUCUUAGGUUUCAAAUUUUAAGAUUUGACUUGAAACUGCUGUCAAGUUUUGAUAGUUUGAACAGACAAAAUUAGUGAUGAGCAUUUUUUUUUUUUU